AUGGACAAGCCGAUGCCACCAGCACCGACCUCCCCUCGCCCGUGGCGGGAGUCCUUCGCCGACGCAGGCCUGUCAAACCAAUCCAGCGACGGGAGGACCACUAGAACCUCCAACAUGGCAGCGCCAGCUCCUACAGUAUGGAGGCACGCUCGCGGAGGCCUGCUGAGCCGCCCACGCGCGGACUCGGCGGAGGCCAGGGGCAAGGCUUCGAAGGAGCCCGCGCCAGCUGGGGGACAGGGCGCACGUCCGGCCAGCAGAUCAGCUUCGCCCGUGGACUCGAUCUUCGACGUCCCCCAGAGACGGACGACGUUGGAGCUGGACGCCUCGUGGGCGGUUUUCAGAGAGGGUCAGGCUGCGUUCCACGGGCUGUCUGCACCACCGCGCAGCCGUGACGGCUCACGGCCUGGCUCAAAUAGCAAUCAAGGGGGAUGA